CUCCUGAGCUCUCUGUCAAAAAUGAGAAAAAAAAUCCGAUAAAAAGAGAGAAAAUAAUAGUUGUAUAUAUAUACACAAACGUCAAUAUCGUGAAUGAAUCACAACCAUGACUUGCUUUACCUGAAAGAGAGAAUUCCAUUAAUUUUAAAUCAAGAUUAAAAUAUAGUAAAAGGUGAAACAUAUAUAUUUUUUUUUUUGACGUGUUAAAAACAACAAAGAUGGCGCCGCGCUCUUUAUGAUCUGUCAAAAAAAAAAAAAAAAAAAAAUGGUAAAGUAAAUAUUUACAAUUAAAUAUGACUUAUAAAUUGUAAAAUUAUACAAAAUCAAAAUAAUAAUCCUUUUUAUACUCUUCACUAUAAUAAAACAAUAAUAAUAAUAAUUUAACUUUGCUAUGUUUUAUUUGUGUGUUCGCGACGACAAUAAAAAGUGAGGUUAUGUUUGAAUAAGAAAUUUUUUUUGACAUUUCGGAAAUUGUGUGUGUGUGUGUUAUUGUUUCGAUUACGUAAAAUAUAAUAAUAAAUUAAAAAAAAAAACAGUGACUAUAAUCAAAUAAACAAGUGUUUUUUAAAGUAAAUUUAGAAAUUGUAUAAUAUAUAUAUAUAUAUAUAUAUCAAAAUAUAAAAAAAAAGAAUCAUAAAUAAUGGCUCGAGCUUUAAGUUCAAUGCAAUGUGAUUCCGUUGCCACAUAUAUGGACGGUGUUCAUGUUAAAAUUGCCGAAGCUUAUAAGCCACCAAGAAAAAUAACACUGCCUGCCGCUUAUAACAAUCGUUUACCUGAUGCCUCGAGAUAUUCCUACGAUUUUUCCUUGGAGAGAUCCGUGCUGCAAAAGAUGUCGGAAUGGAGAAAAGCACGACUUGCAAGUAGUGAAGCGCGACAAGCACGUAUUGAGGAAAAAACGAGAAAACAGGAAAAUUCACCAUCACCACCACCAUUGUCACAGGAUAAUAAUCAACAACAACUUCCGGUGAAAACGGCGCCAGUUCCUGAAACGACGAUACUUACACCACAGCCAUUAUCGCCUCCUGCAAACGAUAUGCAUGAAAUUAGUAAUAAUAAAUCGCAAGAUCUUAAUUAUGCCGAUUUUGAUAAUGAUACAAGCAGUCCAUUUGAUAAUAUGCUUUUAAAAUCGAUAAACGACAAAGAAGAACUCGCUCAGGUUCUACAACCAUCGCAUUGGAGUCCAACGGGAAAAUUGGAAAAUAUAAUCAAUGAUUUGACACUAAUUAACGAAGGACAAAAUCACAUUCAAGAGAAAAAUGAAUCGAUUAAUAAUCAAAUUGAUGAACAUGAAAGAACUGAGAGAAAAACCGAACCAUUGAGAAUUGUUUCAUUAAUUGUUGAGGAACUUCAAAGGGAAUUGGAACGUCCUAAUUUGGAGAAUUGGAAACCAUGGACAGAUGUGGAAAAUUUAGAUGUUGAAAAAAAUUCCUCAACAAAUAAUGAAAAAUUAUUAACAACACAUUCAAAAGUUGUAUUAUCAAAUAUUUUAUCUGAUUUAUCAUUGGACGAUCAAAAAUUAGCGAGACAUUUAAAUGAUAUGGGUUUUCCAUUGUCAAGAGCUGCGCGUGCAAUUCAAAAUCUUGGCGGUAGUGAUAAUAAAAAAAUUGUUGAAUAUUUAUUAGCAAUACAAUCAUUGGAGGAUGAUUUGGGAAUAAGUGAAGACGCCGCUGAGAAAGCAUUGGAAAUCACUGAAUUUGAUCAAGAGAAGGCAAAAGUAUUUCAUAAAAAUUUAACAACAUUACGCGAUUUAGGAUUUCCUGAGGAACAAGCGUCAAUUGCAUUAAUUAAAUGUAAUAUUGAUCGUGAUAAGGCUCUCGAUUUAUUGAUUACUUAAUUUGUGUUUUUUCAUUUUCAAAAUGAGGAAAGAAACCAAAAAAAAAAAUUGAUUUUUGGCAAAAAAAAAAAUUAAAACGAAAGGCUUUUCUUUUCCAGAAGAAAGAAAAAAAAAACGAAAGAGAAAGAGAAAGAGGCGAUAAAAAAAUAUUUUUUUUCUCUUUUGUUUUCAAACUCGUCACGUUUGUUUGUUUUGCAGUAAGUGAAAAAUAAAUUUUAUUCUUAAUAUUCGAAA